GUGUUCUUCUGACGCUUUAAACGUAUUGAAGAUAGAGACUUUCCGUGGGAUCACUACAUGACAAAUUAUUUCAUAUAUAUGUACUGUUAGUGAAUUAUAUUGCACUCGUUAUGAAAUAGGAAUUCGUAAAAUAAAUAUACAUCUUCAAAUUAAAACAGGAUCAUUUACCCGAUACAGCAGUCAGUUUCUGUUAGUCAUGUGACUUACUCCAUUUUGUUUUGUUGGCAGGAGUUCCGAAUGUCAUCAGGAAAAAGUCAUGAUGUUGACAGAUAGACAGGACUGUGAUUAACGGGUGAAAAAGGAUAGUUGAGUUGGGCAAUGUCUGGCUUAGAUCCAGAUGAGGAAGCCACUAUUACAGAAAAUCCGGAUCCAGAAUCAGAGAGUUCAGCGGUGAAUGAGACCGAGUCGGAGGAAAAUAAUCCAGUCGAUGACAUAGAGGGAGAAAUUUACGAACCUGUGGCCAAUGAACAGAUUCCACAGGGAGACCAGUCCUCACCAGAUGACGACAGGGGUGAAAACGUGGAGGAACGCAACGAGGGAGACCAGUCCUCACCAGAUAACGGCAGAGGUGAAAACGUGGAGGAACGCAACGAGGGAGACCAGUCCUCACCAGAUAACGACAGGGGUGAAAACGUGGAGGGAGACCAGUCCUCACCAGAUAAUGGCAGGGGUGAAAACGUGGAGGGAGACCAGUCCUCGCCAGAUAAUGGCAGAUGUGAGAACGUGGAGGAACGCAAUGAGAGUGCUGUGAACCUGGACGAGAAGACAGAAGAUGAGAGAGAGACAGAUGUUGGGAUUAUACGCGAGGGACAGAUAAGUGGUGGGAGGGAUGAACAGCUAAGUCCGGGUCUAGGGCCGGAGGAGGCGGAGGCAGACGCCUCACUCAUAGGAGGUCUGACAGAUUUCCAAGGGGAAAAUAUUGAUAGUGAAGUGACUCAAAGUGAAAGUGAAAGUACGCAAGUGUGUGUAGAUAGAACAGAGCAAAGAGAAAGUGGAACACCUGAAGUAGAAGAUCGGAGUGAAGGAAGCACAUCUGUGAUAAAUUCUGAGAAUGUUUGUUUAGUUUCAGAACCAAUAUCUAUUCAGUGUAGUGCGAACAAUUUACCAGGGAAUUUCAGUGAAGAAUAUUCUGAGGUUGUGGAAAGGAGGUCAGUGAUUCCGGAGGAUGAGAUAAGUUGCCAAACCUGGAUGUCUGAAGACAGGCCCCAGCUGUCUACUCUGUCUCCGGCGGAGAGCAUCGAGUCCUGUGAACCCGAGUGUGACCAGGAGACAGAAACCUCUCCAAGUCAUGGGGCAUUUAAUGAACUGGGGGAGAGUUCAAACGUGAUUGAAACUGGUGAAGAUGAAGGAGAACAUGAUCCGGAGGAAACUAUUUGCGUUGUGCUCAAUCCGUCUUGUCAGAACGAAGUUUUAAGUGUCAGCAAGUGUAGUUCGGAGAGUGUGACAUCUAGUCAGGACAACGUUAAACCCACAUCGUGUUCAACGGGAAGAAAUAGAUUAAGGUCAGGGACUGGCACUUCAAACAUGGAUGGAAGCCCAGUGAAUCAUAUCCAAAAUGAAAAUAAAAUCUCAUCUUCAGAAUCUGACGAUGAUCUGUUGUCUGAGCUUGAAUCUGAGCUAACCAGUAGUUCAAGGACCAAUCAAAACGUUCGUAAGAUUUCUAACUCGGAGGUCAGUGUUACAUUACCCAAUGGCAUGUAUGGUUCUCUUGACAAUAAACUUAUGCAGGAAAUCCAAGAUUUACAAAAGCAGCUGAGACAUUCCAGAGUGAAACUCGAGGAGAGAGAUGCAGAAAUUAAACGACUGACAAUCAGAGAGGAGGAACAGGAGAUCUAUGUGGAGCGGAUCCUCGGGGAGCGUGACUCGUACCUGAAGGAAAUCAGACAGUUGAAAUCUCAGGAUGAUUUUUACCUUCCUCAAAUCAAAGAGCUUGAGUACACUAUUGCCCAGCAGAACAAUGAUGUGAGGACGCUGAAAGACAAACUCGCCAGUCAUGAUGCUGCUGCCAAGAGGACAGUAGCUGCUCUGCAGAACGAACUAAAAGUUCGGGUGGAUCAGGUAACCAAAAUGUAUGAGGAGGCCAACAAAGAAAAGGACUCAAUGGUUGUGAAGUAUGCUCAGGCUGAGAAAAAGUUUAUUGAAGGUCAAAAAGCCAUAGAGAGACUAGAGUCCAAAGUCCGUGACCUUAAUAAAGAGAAAGAUGGUUUAACUCAAAAGGUCAAGGACAUCAAGGGAGAGAAGCGGCAGUUAAUGGGUGACCUUGAAGCUAAGACUGCUGAAAUACAAAACAUAUCAAAAGAACUGGAGAAACAGAAGGAGGUCAUUUCAUCAACUGAUGUCAGGAUAAAAUGGGCGCAGAACAAACUGAAAGCUGAGCUGGAUGCCCACAAGGAAACCAAGGAGGAGCUGUCAAAAACCCGAUCCAAGCUGAAGGAUGCAAAAGACGAGACGGAGCAAAUCAGGAGGGACUGUCAGGCCAUCAUUAAAACCUACCAGGAGUCAGAAGAAAUCAAGUCCAACAAGCUGGACAGCGAGCUGAAGAUGAAAGAGACAGAGUUUCUCCAACAACAGCAGGAGAAGACCAGUCAGGAGGAGCGAUAUUCUGCCACUGUGAGAGACCUAGCAAGUCUGAAAUCUAAACACCAAGAACUUUUAAAAGAAAGAGAUGUUCUGACAAAGAAAUGGCAGAAUCUGGAAUCUCAGCGAGACCUGAAUGAACAGACAAUGACUAAAUACAGAGAGAUGCUUCAAAAGCAGAAAAAAGAAAAUAAAGAACUGCAGGACAGAAUAGAGGAGCUCGUCCAAGUCAAGUCAGACUUCAAAAGGGCACAAAGCACAAUCAAAUCUCUGGAUGCCGAGAUCUCAGAACUGAAAAUCAGUAACAAGGACCUGCAGAUUGACAUGGAGGCGUGUCGAAAACGCGAGGCUGAGAAACUAGAUCUGACCAAUAAACUCAGUGCCAAAAAUGCUGAACUGCAGUCCGAAAACUCCAUCCUCCACAACAAGACGAUGGGACAGACUGAGGAAAUCGAGAAGUUAACUGUUGAUCUUCAGACUCUGGAAAUUGAUUUCCGAGACAUCUCUGAUAGGUUGAAGAAAGGAGAAGUAGCGUGGCAAGAGGAAACCAUGAAACUUAAAGAAAAGUUGGAGGAAAAAUCGAAAGCAGUGGAGGAGCUGUCGUCAAAAGUUGAAGACGGAAAAGAUGAAAUCAAGACAUUAAAGAGAAAACACGUCAAUAAUAUCAAGGACUUGACAAGACAACUUCAGCAGGCAAAGAAAAGGUUAGAAAACUUUGAAACCAAUGGGGAAACUCAGAAAGACUCCACAAGCAUGGGGUCUCGCACCAGUUCAAGCAACUCUCUGAACACCUUAGGCGUGAAUGAGAACUCGUCGCAACCCAACAGUUACACAAACAAAUAUCCUGGUACUUCUGAACCGGUUCAUGAAUAUCCGGUGAUAACUGAGCAGGUGGAACCUGACAGUCAAAUGCUGAUAGAAAGAAUCGUCAAACUCCAGCGUGGUCUCGCUAGACGGAACGAAAAAAUUGAAUUCAUGCAGGAACAUGUGCAGCAGCUUGUGGACGAAAUUCAGAAAAAGAACAAAAUCAUUCAGAACUAUGCAUUAAGAGAGGAAUCUGGGACGAUGACGCUGGAGAGAGCCGACAUUAACAAGCUGGACCAUCGGAAACUCUCCCAGAUGGAAUUGUCCAGGAAGCAUAGCAUUAUGGGAUCCCUGUACAGCUCUCACCAAACAGACAGUGCAAUGACCCUUGACCUAUCCCUAGAAAUCAACCACAAGUUACAAGCAGUUCUAGAAGACACCAUCCUUAAGAAUAUCACUCUCAAGGAGAGUCUGGACACAUUAGGGAUGGAAAUAGCGAGGCUUUCACAAGAAAACAGACAACUUCAGCUACAAAUUCAGGGAAACCCUAAGAGAAGAUGACACUUGAAAUACAGUGGAGGGGGUGUAAAGUAACUGGACUUAAACAAGUUGUUUUCAGAGGGAGUGUGCUAGUUGGAAGUAAAAGUCCUAAAAAUGCAUUUGUCUCUUUUGCCCAAUCUGUAGAAGUUGGUGCAUGGCACGGUGAUUGUUAGCUAGACUGAGCAAUAUGAAUUGAACGACCGGAUGGAUGUACAUGUUGUUGUAUUGCGAUAAAUGACUAAGACGGAACCAGAUCUGUAUUGCCUCGAUGAUGAAGCAAAAUAGCACUUGAAAUUUAAUGAAUGGUUUAUUGCUCUUUAAAUUUGUGAGGGGGAAUUAUACAUAUAUGAUUAACAUUCCAAAUCUAGGUGUUACCGGGCAACGUGUAAACAGGGAACGUCCUUUGUUAGAUUGUGUUGCUUUAGUUCCACAGAUAGGAAGACAAUACUGUUGAAUUAUUUGCAAAAUGUCAAGAAGCUGUAAUUUGUGAAUUCAUUGCAUGAAUUGAGCCUCUGGCUUGUGAAUGUAUAUUUAUUUAUAUUUUUCAUUAUGUGAUUGAUCUUUGGAAGAUGAUAUAUAUUAUGUGUUAAGCUGGGUAUCUACAUGCUAUACAGGACCAUGAUAAUUGUUGGGUUUAAGACAGCUGAGAGGACAUUAAUUACAUGUAUGAAUACACAAAAUGCACCAGUUUAAUGAGUUCCUCAACCAGUACAGCUAGAACUACAAAUAGUGAUAUCAGAUGUUGUGUUAGAUUCACCAUGAUCUAGUAGAAAAACUGUCAAUCAGUGUGUAUGUAUGAUAUGGCUGUUAAUUAAGAUACGAAUGUGAUAAUGUAUAUUUUAUUUUAUCUUUACAUACAUGUACUGAGUUUAGCUUACUCAAGUGAAAUACAGUGUAUGUUUUAAAAUC